CUGCUGGGAGAUACAAUUACGCAACCAUGAGUUCACUGUGGAGAAAUCUGACCAGGUCAACGGCUGCUUUUUCUCCUUUUUGCGCAGGAGCGAAAUUGUCUUCCCUGCAGCUACGACAGGCUUUGGUUCACGACAGAGAGACUUCGGUUUUCUCUGUCAAUUUCAGCAGAAAGUAUUCGGAGAAACGCUUCAAUGUGCCGCCCAGCGCAGAGUUCGUUGCCCGCGUGUCGGGGAUCCCCACCAUGGCCAAGCUCCCGUUCCAGGAGAGCACGGACGGUCUGGACGCGGCGUUUGUCGGUGUGCCCAUCGAUACCGGGACUUCCAACCGACCCGGUGCCAGGUUCGGUCCACGUCAGAUGAGAGUGGAGUCCGCCAUGUUGAGAGCUUACAACAGUGGCACCAGGGCAGCACCUUAUGAGUCCCUUAUGGUCGCUGACAUCGGGGACGUCAAUGUAAAUCUGUACGACCUGAAGGACACCUGCAAACGGAUCACAGAGGCCUACAGGAAGAUCGUGGCUACAGGCUGCAUUCCUCUGACCAUGGGUGGCGAUCACACAAUUUCAUAUCCAAUCCUGCAAGCUGUGGCUGAGAAGUAUGGACCAGUGGGUUUGGUCCAUGUGGAUGCUCAUGCUGACACCAGUGAUGUCGUCUUGGGUGAGAAGAUUGGACAUGGGACUCCAUUCAGACGUUGUGUGGAGGACGGUCUUCUGGACUGUAAGAGAGUGGUCCAGAUCGGCCUGCGGGGCUCGGGUUACUCUGCAGAUGCAUAUGAAUGGAACCGGGCCCAGGGUUUCCGUGUGGUCCAAGCAGAAGACUGUUGGUUCAAAUCCCUGGCGCCCCUGAUGGCUGAGGUCAGAACUCAAUUGGGCAACGGGCCAGUGUACCUCAGUUUUGACAUCGAUGCUCUGGACCCAGGCUUUGCCCCGGGGACUGGCACACCAGAGAUAGCAGGCCUUACCCCCAUUCAGGGAUUAGAGAUUAUCCGAGGCUGUCAUGGUCUGAACCUGGUCGGAUGUGAUGUGGUGGAAGUGUCUCCACCCUAUGAUACCACAGGGAACACUGCACUGACUGGUGCCAACCUCCUGUUUGAAAUGUUAUGCGUCCUCCCAAAAGUCAAACAUUACUGAAGAAAU